AUGGCAAGCGAUGUACGCAGGUUCAAGCUGGAGUUGGUCGAACAAUCAGCUCGGUCGAGCAAAUCACCAAAUGCACGCUACUCAGACAAGUCCACUGCACCGCUUGAUCCAUCGGCCUCUGCAGUACCCACAGACUCACCAAUCGAAACAACAAAUGAGCAAAGGAUCACUGAUAAACCGAUACCCGCGUCGGCAGGGGUUGGAAAGCCGCGACGAUUCCUGCCACAGCCGAUGGAAACCUCAUCCCGAUCGUCCAAGAAACAACCUGAUGCCCUAGAACAUGGCCAUAGAAAGAAAGAUCCAGCCGAAUCUCCAGAUGCACCAUCAGCCAGUAAUGGCUUACAGAGUGGACAGCACGCUCGCUUUUUGCCUCAACCCGUUGAGGUAACACAUUCGAACAAUAAGGGUGCUAAGCAACAUAGAAAAAACAACUCGGAAUCCCGGAAGGAUGACGCCAAGGCCAAGAAUAUGAAAACCCCUAGGCGCUUUUGCCCCGAGCCUAUUGAAACAAUGAAAUUAAGUAGACGCCAUCCGUCUAAACAAGAUGACCAAGAGUCUAGCAGUAACAGUACGGGCCGGCACAGCAGCGCUGGCCAGACCACGCCGCGCAAGUUUGCUCCUCAGCUAAUCGAAACUGGGAAGCGAUCUGUUCGUAGAGCGGAUACUUUACCGAUACAAAGUUCUUCUAAAGCCCUUGAUGGUGGAUCUGUCCCCAACAAUCCGCCACCUCGACCGCACUCGCCUCCUAUUUCUAAGGCCCAACAGAUCGUUGCGGCCAACGAGUUGUCUAUGGUACCACCAGAGUCACGCUUUUCAUAUGCAAGCCUAUUGCAACGGCAAGAAGGUAGACGCCAUUCAUUUCGCGUCCCCGAUCUGCCUGCCAUUCCAUCAAACAGCAGUGAAGGCUCAGAUGAUUCGGAUACACCCUCACUAUCAACCACACCGUCAGCUUCAUCUGGAGGCAGCACCAGCAAUCGAUUUGUAGCAAAAACUCGAUUUAGAGAAAGUUGUGAUGAGCGUUUCUCUGGCUAUCUUCUCUCUCUGGCAGCACGUAGCGCUGAGAAGGAGCUCCGGGACCAAGCAUUGGCAGCAUUUCCCAAUGAACAGGUUCACCAACCAGUCUCUCAUUUCGCCAUUGAUGGUGAUGAGGAUUUUGGCAACGAAGACGAAGAGCUUAUGCCGGGUGAGCCACGGAUCGUGAGUAGAAUACAUCCUGUUCUACGUCGCGGAUCAACGGCCGACCUGUCAUGGGAAUUGGAACAGAUGCGACGUCACAAGGAAGAAGCUGAGAUGAAAGACCUUGGUGUCUAUAAAAGUGACGCGCACGAGUCUAAAUUCUCAGCCGCUGCAAUUUCUUCUAGACAACAGAAGAUGCCAGAAAAUGAAAGCUCUGUCUUUGCUGGAUGGCGGCGUGAUCUUGAACUGGCCCAAAUGCGGCAUGCAGCCAGUCCACCGAUGUUGGGCAAUGACAUUAUCUUUCCCUUUAGCGUUUCUCCUCAGGGAACUGCCACUGAAACCGAUCAUCUACAUGUGCACCACGCAGAACCAGAACCCGUGGACGAUGGGGACCAAGCCGGUCUAUGGACCGAUCAUACACACGCCGAGGACGAAGAGAAACCAGGUCUAUGGAUGGGUUUGUGUCAUAAAGACGAAGGGGACGAAGAAGACCUUCAUUUUCACCGAGCUAGAACUGGUAUUGCCACACCGAGACCGUCCAACGGUUUUGGGUCCAGUUUUGACAUGAGGGACAUGGUAGAUGAUGAAUGCGCUUCACCGGGAUCGAAUCCAUUAGAAAUGACCGAUGAUCCCUUGGACAUCAUGGAUGUUGAACCGGAUGAAGAUAAUGCCAUAGAGCGUGAAUUCCACGAUGGCUUCAUCACCCAGGUCUACAAUUACCUUUCGCUGGGUUACCCAUCUCUAGCACGCUGCUUUGACAUCGAAUUGAGCAAGAUAUCAGGUAUUCCGGUCUCGGAAUUGAGGCAAGAUGACCUCACUGCCGAGGCGAAGGGUCAUGUCAUCUCCUCCCCAGGUCGUGCUUCGAAUCAGACGAUUAAUUCCCCUGCAACACCGGAGACCUGCAUGAGAUGGAAAGCACUGAAACUAUACAUUCACGAAUGGGCUAGGCAGCAGUCCGAAAUGGGUAUUCCCAACGAUGAAAGCCUUGAUGCCUGGGGUGUCAUUGAGCGGAGAGGAAGUUGGGCAAUUUAG